UCAUAGCUUUCACCUGGAUUCACCUGGUCAGUCUUUGUCAUGGAAAGAACCGGUGUUCAUAAUGUUUUGUUUACUCGGUGUAUAAACACAACAUAGGUAUUUAUGUAAAAUGGUUGGACACCUGGGAUGGGUGGGCGGAGUUCCUCAGAGGCUGCUUCCUGGGACACAGACUGACCGUCCAACGACACCUGUCUAGGGAGAGACCUGUGAUGAGGUUCCAGCUCCGGGUGGCACUCUACAUCGCUGCUUCUCUGGGCCACCUGGACCUGGCCGGCUGGCUGCUGGAGAGGGGGGUGCGUGUCAUUGAGCCGGUGGGGGUUCACCCUUACCGUGAGUGGUGCCACCAGACGGCCCACCCCGACGUCGCCAAGUGUCCCGCUGUCGCCUCCAUCGAGCGCGGCCAGCUCACCAUCCUCAAACUCUUUAUCGCCAGCAGCGUUCUGACCCUUGCCUGUCGGGAUCCCCAGGGUUGUGACCCCCUGAGGAUCGCCCUUCAGUACGGCCACAGGGAGUGUGUGAGUCACCUGGCCACCAAGCUGUGCUCUGUGGUGGUCCUCCCAGGUAUGGCCCUGCCCAUGCGGACAUACCUCCAGAUAAAGGGCUGGGUGAGGCUGGGGCAGAGGAGGGCAUCAUCCAGGCACUGCAUCAGCCCCAACAGGGCUCCGUUCAGGACCAGGGUGGGCGACACGGUCCUGGUGGACGGCUUCACCCUCCCCAAGAUGUCCUCCAAGCCCAGGAGGAGUGAGGCCAAGGCCGGUAUCAGGGUGAUGUCCACAGCCUCUCGACGUUUUACCCCCAUCAACUGCCCAUCUCAUGUAUCCUGCCCGCUCCGCUCCCUGGCAUCCCAGGAUAAACCUCUUCAACUACCGAAGCUACACCCUGUGGCCACGAGGGAUGAAAGAGAGAAGAGGGAAUGUGGAGGGAAGGGAUGUGAGGAGGAUGAGAGUGGGGAUCAGAACAGCAACCAAUGGAGGAGCAACCAAUGGAGGAGCAGAGUCCCGCUCCCGCCCAUUUCCAGAGACACCAAUCUCAGACCUGUGUUUGCCUCGCCAAACUCCGCCCAGAUACUCACCACCUCACUAGAGGCCUUUUCUCUCUCCACUGCGACCGCACACCCAGAGAAAACGCCAUAUACUGUUUGGUCUUGGCCAGGUUAGUCCAAGUUUAAAUGACAGCUACGGUGAAUAUGAAUAUUUCUCUGGAGGUUUCUUAUGGAAGGUGUGAAUACUGUCAGAAGAAGCCUCCUAUAAUCAGUGGUGGUGGGAACACAUGUAAAAGCUGUUUACACACUUUUAUUUUAUUUGGUUCAAGCAUUUACCCACUUUUUGUGGAAGAUGCAUUGAAAGUAGAGGGAGCGUUACUUCUUUAAUCCUGAACGGCAAUCAGCAUUUACCAGUCAAUGGUUUUACCACUACAUCACUGCAUAUGAUAUACCCUUGACCUAGGGCGCUUCAUUAAUGUAUUGAGGCCAUUACAUAUACAGUAUUUCACAAUGCUAGGACACAGAUUUGGUCUCCUAACCUUGUUCUGGUUGAUUGACUCUCUAACAGUGCCUUCACACAGAGACCAUGGUUGCAGCAGCUGAAUGUAGCGCGGACUCUGGCCAGGAGGAGUGCUCAGCACAUUGGGUAGACACCAGGAUCCUGGUCAUUAGGCAGAUUAAACAUACUGAAACAAGGAGGGACAACCUGGAAUUGUCCAAAAAGGAACUCUUAUUUGAGUUUUUAUUUUUUACAGUGAACAAGAUGAGACUUUGGAACGGAUGAUGCCUGAAACAAUGCGGACGACUUAGAAUUUCGUUCCUUUGGAUGAGGCUUAUAGUUAUAGUCAGUACUGUGUUUGAUUUGUGUGCAGAAAGUUUACAAAGGCAGGCAGUGGAUUCUCAGUCAUUCGUAUUCUCAAGUAACAAAAAACGUAUCGUAUUUCACUGGCUAUUUGAAGUAGCCAAAUGUGAAUGGAAUUAUUAUUAUUCUAGAAUCAUUCAGUUGACUGAAUGUGACUAUGUGGUUGUGAUGUAUGUGAUUGUACUGA